GUGCCUCAUUAUAAAUUGACAGACUUUUAUAAUGCUAUGACGCAAUUUUUAAGAUAUGCUUACAGUCCGGCUAAUAUUAUACAAUUUAAGCUGCAACCUGGAACCUUGAUUUCUGUCGAUAAUUUUCGUGUUUUGCAUGGUAGAACGGCUUUUGUUGUGUCUCCAGAUAAUUUUAGACAUGUUGAAGGUGGACACGUUGAUUGGGAUGGAGCAAUAUCUUGUAUGAGAGUACUAGAGAAAGAACUUAACAUAGAUUAUAGAACUCCUAACAUUUAG